AUAACAAAUGACAGAAUGGUGAAGCCAGAGAAAAAUAAUAUUGAUUUAAACAACUUCUCCUCAACAGCGGAACUGACUGCCCACCCUGGAUUCCAAUCAUCCAUCAGCAUAAUAUCUAAGGGCAAAGAAGACAAGCCCUACAAUCCAUUCGAGCAUCGAAUGCUUGAGCAUCCCAACACAACAAUCGGCUCGAUUGUCCAUCUCCUGAAAGCAUGUCUCGGCUCAGGAAUCCUGGCUAUGCCCGCAGCGUUCAAAAAUGCUGGACUCGUCACUGGAUCUAUCGGGAUACUACUAGCUGGUUUCAUCAGCACGCAUACUGUACAUAUUUUGGUAAAAACUUCGCAAGAGGUUUGCGUGGACGCUAAGAAACCUUCAAUGAGUUUUGCGGAAACAUGUGAGGCAGCCUUUACUUACGGGCCUAAAGGCGUGCGGAAGUGGGGACAUUUUGUCAAAAACGUAGUGGAUUACUCAAUGGUCUUGGCUUAUAUCAGCGUGUUGUGUGUCUACGUGGUUUUCGUCGGCUCCUCAUUUAAGGAAACCCUGGACGCCUACAUGCCAGACAACAAGCUCUCUAUUCAAACAUACUGCGCGCUGACACUAGUUCCCCUGGUCCUACUGUGCCAAAUAAGGAACCUCAAGUACCUGGUGCCAUUCUCAGCGAUUGCCAAUGUGCUAAUCUUCAUUGUCUUUGCUAUUACCUUGUACUAUGUAUUCUUGGAUCUACCCCCUUUGAAAGAGAGGGAAAUGGUUGCUGAAGUUACACAAUGGCCAUUGUUUUUGAGCACUGUAAUCUUUGCAAUGGGAAGUAUCGGGGUGGUGAUGCCGGUAGAGAAUGAGAUGGCCAAGCCGCAGCAGUUCCUCAGCUGUCCAGGAGUCCUCAACGUUACCAUGAUCAUCGUUGUCGCAUUGUAUGGAUUUGUGGGCUUCUUCGGCUACGUCCAGUUCGGAGACCAGGUCAAAGGCAGUGUGACGUUGAAUCUUCCUCAAGAUGAACUAAUGGCCCAAGGUGCCAAGUUCUUGAUGGCCCUCGUCAUAUACCUAACAUACGCUUUGCAAUUUUACGUACCCAUGGAAUGGAUCACCAGAAUGCUGAAGAAGAGAGAAUCUGACAGAUACGAGAACGUCAUACAGAUUUCUAUAAGGAUCGUUAUCGUUAGUAUUUCAGUCGCAGUCGCAGCAGCUUUUCCCAACCUGGAACUAGUCAUCAGCUUCUUCGGAGCCAUCUUCUUUUCUACCCUUGGUCUUCUAAUCCCAGCGGUAGUAGACACAGUCUAUCACUGGGACAAAGAUUUGGGAAAAUAUAACUACGUACUAUGGAAGAAUACUAUAUUAGGAAUAAUAUCUCUUGCAGCUUUAGUGUCAGGAACGUAUGUUUCUAUAUUGCGAAUGGGUGAGGAGACCGGACAUCAGGAUUUGGAAGGAAGUCACACUAAUGUAACUAGCUUAUGAGCGUCUAUAUAUAAAUAGUUAAAUAAGAGUAUAGUUUUCUAUAUAUGAUUGACAGGCGUACACUAGACGGAUACGAGUCAAAAGCAUACGGGCAUUCUGUGCAUUAUUAAUAAAUUGAUUUUCUGCUGUGGCGUUACCUUAAUUUUUCAGUGAUCAACUUUUAGUUAUACUAUCUAUUUUAGUAAAAGCAUAAAAACUUAAAUGUUACCUUUACUGACUCAUUUUGGACUGCUUCAGUGGCGAAAUUACGAUACAGCUAAAUAAAUAUUACGAUACAGCUGCAGUGCUGAAGUCUAGGUCGAUCUACGGGUCGGGCAAAGGCUAAUCAGUGUCAGCCCGGAUUUGGAGAUUGUGCCCGUUAUGGCGACAGGCUGGCCCCCUAUCACACCAUGGGACGUAAUACAGCCGGCGGAAGGAGGAUGCACCAGUUGCGCGUACUGACGCGUUGCGCGACAGUGUAACUACAUGACAUAAUGAGACCUUAACGUCUCACAUCUCAGGAUGGCGAGCGCAGUGGACUACCAAACGAUACUUUAUAUUUCAAGGUGUUGGAUGGUGUUUCUACUGUUAAUGGGCGGUCGUAUCGUUUACCAUCAGGCGAACGGCAAGCUCGUCUCGUCAUUUACAGCAAUAAAAAAAAGGCAAUGAUCAAAGGGGUCGUAUAUAACUGAAGUGAACAUAGACCUUUCUCUGGUUGGUCUGAAAAGUCUUGGGCGAGGCUGACGUUCAUUUAAAUACUUAAGUGGAUAUAAUAACCAGCAAACAAUUUGAGCACACUACCGGGACGUCGGUUUUUGUAAAAUAGCAUAGUUACGUGCA